AAACUGCGAUGCUGUCUCGGGCUCGCCGGCCCGGGUGCCGCCGUCGCCGCCGCCUCCCUGGAGCUUCGGUGCCAGGCUCCCGCCGUCGCGCGCCCUAGCGCCACCGCGCCAGCCUCGCGCGCCCUCAACGGGCUCCCCGUGGACCCCGGCUUCCUGCGCCCCUCCGGGUCCCACAGAGGACCCGCUCGGGAUGUGACCCCUUGACUCCCCACCCGACCUCCUCUGGCCCCCGGGAGGCCCGCCUUUGCCUGCUUUUGGGGGGGUGGGCGGGGAGGGGCGCGCGGAUCAUGGCAUUGGAGUUCCCGGGCUUGCAGCCGCCGCCGCCGCCUCGUCCACGUACCCCAAGUGCUCCUACUUCCCGGAGCAGCAGCGGAGAAGGCGAAGCGCCCGGUGGGGGCGAGGCAGAUGGGUCUCAAGGCUCGCAGGGCGGCGGGGGCGGCUGGCGGGGGCGGCGGCGAAGGGGGCGGCGGCGGCGGCGGGGCCGCUAACCCUGCUGGAGGGGACUCGGCGGUGGCCGGCGACGAGGAGCGGAAAGUGGGGCUGGCGCCAGGAGACGUGGAGCAAGUCACCUUGGCGCUAGGGGCCGGAGCCGACAAAGACGGGACCCUGCUGCUGGAGGGCGGUGGCCGCGAAGAGGGGCAGAGGAGGACCCCGCAGGGCAUCGGGCUCCUGGCAAAGACCCCCCUGAGCCGCCCAGUCAAGAGGAACAACGCCAAGUACAGGCGCAUCCAAACUUUGAUCUAUGACGCCCUGGAGAGACCGCGGGGCUGGGCGCUGCUCUACCACGCGCUUGUGUUCCUGAUUGUCCUGGGAUGCUUGAUUCUGGCCGUGCUCACCACCUUCAAGGAAUAUGAGACUGUGUCUGGAGACUGGCUUUUGCUGCUGGAAACCUUUGCUAUUUUCAUCUUUGGAGCUGAGUUUGCUUUGAGGAUCUGGGCUGCAGGAUGUUGCUGUCGAUACAAAGGCUGGCGUGGACGGCUAAAGUUUGCCAGGAAGCCCCUGUGCAUGUUGGACAUCUUCGUACUGAUUGCCUCUGUGCCAGUGGUUGCCGUGGGAAACCAGGGCAAUGUCUUGGCCACCUCCCUGCGAAGCCUUCGCUUCCUGCAGAUCCUGCGCAUGCUUCGAAUGGAUAGGAGGGGUGGCACCUGGAAGCUCCUGGGCUCGGCUAUCUGUGCCCACAGCAAAGAACUCAUCACUGCCUGGUACAUAGGCUUCCUGACACUCAUCCUUUCUUCAUUUCUUGUCUACCUGGUGGAGAAGGAUGUGCCAGAGAUGGAUGCCCAAGGAGAGGAAAUGAAGGAGGAGUUUGAGACCUAUGCAGAUGCUCUGUGGUGGGGCCUGAUCACACUGGCCACCAUUGGUUAUGGAGACAAGACACCUAAAACCUGGGAAGGACGUCUGAUUGCUGCCACCUUUUCUUUAAUCGGCGUCUCCUUUUUUGCCCUUCCGGCAGGCAUCCUUGGCUCAGGACUGGCACUGAAGGUUCAGGAGCAGCACCGUCAGAAGCACUUUGAGAAGAGAAGGAAGCCAGCUGCGGAACUCAUCCAGGCUGCCUGGAGAUAUUAUGCUACCAACCCCAACAGGUUGGAUCUGGUGGCAACCUGGAGAUUUUAUGAAUCAGUUGUCUCUUUCCCAUUCUUCAGGAAAGAACAACUGGAAGCAGCAGCCAGCCAAAAGCUGGGUCUCUUGGAUCGGGUUCGCCUUUCUAAUCCUCGUGGUAGCAAUACUAAAGGAAAGCUAUUUACCCCUCUGAAUGUAGAUGCCAUAGAAGAAAGCCCUUCCAAAGAGCCAAAGCCUGUUGGCUUAAACAAUAAAGAGCGUUUCCGCACCGCCUUCCGCAUGAAAGCCUACGCUUUCUGGCAGAGUUCUGAAGAUGCUGGGACAGGCGACCCCAUGGCAGAAGACAGGGGCUAUGGGAAUGACUUCCUCAUUGAAGACAUGAUCCCUACCCUAAAGGCUGCCAUCCGAGCUGUCAGAAUUCUACAGUUCCGUCUAUAUAAAAAAAAGUUCAAGGAGACGUUGAGGCCUUAUGAUGUGAAAGAUGUGAUUGAGCAGUAUUCGGCCGGACAUCUUGACAUGCUUUCCAGGAUAAAGUACCUACAGACAAGAAUAGAUAUGAUUUUCACCCCUGGACCUCCAUCCACUCCAAAACAUAAGAAGUCUCAGAAAGGGUCAGCAUUUACCUACCCAUCCCAGCAGUCUCCAAGGAAUGAACCAUAUGUAGCCAGGGCAGCCACAUCAGAAACUGAAGACCAAAGCAUGAUGGGGAAGUUUGUAAAAGUUGAAAGACAGGUUCAUGACAUGGGGAAGAAACUGGACUUCCUCGUGGACAUGCAUAUGCAGCAUAUGGAACGCUUACAGGUACAUGUCACUGAGUACUACCCAACUAAGGGGGCCUCCUCCCCAGCCGAAGGGGAGAAGAAAGAAGACAACAGGUACUCUGAUUUGAAAACCAUCAUCUGCAACUACUCAGAGACAGGGCCCCCUGACCCUCCUUACAGCUUCCACCAGGUGCCCAUCGACAGAGUUGGCCCUUACGGGUUUUUUGCACAUGAUCCUGUGAAACUGACCCGAGGGGGACCCAGUUCUACAAAGGCUCAAGCUAACCUUCCCUCCUCGGGAAGUACAUAUGCAGAGAGGCCCACAGUCCUGCCCAUCUUGACUCUUCUGGACUCAUGUGUGAGCUACCACUCCCAGACAGAACUGCAAGGUCCCUAUUCGGACCACAUCUCGCCCCGCCAGAGACGCAGCAUCACUAGGGACAGUGAUACACCUCUGUCCCUCAUGUCCGUCAAUCACGAGGAACUGGAGCGGUCUCCAAGUGGCUUCAGCAUCUCACAAGACAGAGAUGAUUAUGUAUUUGGCCCCAGUGGGGGAUCGAGCUGGAUGAGGGAAAAGCGGUACCUGGCUGAAGGAGAAACGGACACGGACACAGACCCCUUCACACCCAGUGGUUCCAUGCCUAUGUCAUCCACUGGGGAUGGUAUUUCAGAUUCCAUAUGGACCCCUUCCAACAAGCCCACUUAAAAGGGGUCACUGGCUGACUCCUGGUACUGUAGACAGACUUUGUACAGCUCACUUACUCUCACAACUAGCGCUUACAAUGGGGACUCCACUGGCUGUGUCAAGCGCAUGCAUGUGCGCUGUGGCCCCCCUGCAAGCAGGGGCUUCUCGCGGCCUUCUUCCUCCCCCAUCUCACUGCAACAGAAUCGCUUCCUUUUCAGCAUGGUUUGCAUGACUUGACACUAUAUAAAAGGCACUGUUAGUCUCUUCUAGAUACACAUUUAUCUGCACUUCUUCCUUUAAUCACGAUUGAACAAGUACAGGGAGACUUAUUGAUGAGCUGUGUUAUUUGUUUGGUUGGCUGGUUUGGGUUUUGAUUCAGAUAAACUGAGAGCAUAGUUUAAAUUAUUUCUAGGCUCAUUUCCCCCUUGUGUAAAUGCUCCAGUAAAUUUACUGUUUUCUAAAGCAAGGAAAUAAUUUUCUCAACCAAAACAUCCUGCAUCACAAUGAGGCUAUCCUCUGAGCAAACAGAAUAGGAACAAGAUAGUCAUUCAACCCCAAAGCCAAGAUUUAAAACAAUUAUCUCUCUAAAGGAAGGCUGGCAAAAUUAUUUAAAAGCUCUCAGGGAGACUUGGUCUACCCGUUGUUCAGUACGGUGCCUCAGUUUAUUUAACCAUAAGAUGUUGGUGAUUCAAAAUAUAACAUCACAUGUGUUAUGGACUGGUGAAGAGAAAUCUUGCACACACGCCACAAACAUAAAAAAAUAGUUCCCAAUUUCUGUAGCCAAAGAUAAUAAAAUUUACCAGAAGUGGGGUGGUCUUCUAGGCAGGAGCUAAAUUUGGUGUUUUAAAAUGAAAUUCCAACACCUUCUUCUGCAUUACCUGAACCUGAAUCCAAAACGGAGAUUUGAAUCAAGAGCAAUCAUCUUACCGUGUCCUCUAUUUCAAAAUGAUAUGUUUUGGAUGUAAGGCAAAUGACAUGUCUUGAGACACUUGGUUGUCCUGUGGAGAGUAAGGACUCAAAACCUCCACCUGAGGACUCACCCCUUACCACAGUCUCCCCUCACGCUAUCCCAUUUGCAUACCGGAAUCCAGGAAUCGUACCAAGACGCCAGCACUCUUUAACCAUGGGAUGUAAUCUUCAGUCUUUACUCAAAGGGAGAAUGAUGUCUGCUUUGACUGCAAAGCAUGCUUACUUGAUGCUUUAUAAGUGGGAUCCAGGAUGGGGAAUGCAAAUUAGUUAUAAAUAUACAAAUAGGAAGAAUUCCCAGAAUCACCCACUUUUACUUCUCCAGAUUUUCUCAAUGAAAAUACUAGAACCACAUAAAAUCAAAAGAGCUCCUGAUGUGACAACCAAGAGCCUGGAAAUCCCUGCCCUGCUGCAGAAAGAUGGAUGUUAAGCACAAGCCACUAUGUGGCCUAUUGGGAGAUAUUGCUACUUGCUGAAAACCUCUGAUGGAAAAGGUUAAACUGGCUACUCUUUGUGGAUCACCACAGUAUUAGUGUCUCAGUCAUUUCAUGCCUUUAAAUAUGGUUUUAAAUGGUUGCCAUGAUGACCAUCAAGAUGAUGAAAAUACCCUUAUUUAGUGUUUGAAUAUGACUCUCACCAGUGCUGUUGCUGUGUUGCCAAGAGCCAUAAAUAUCAUAGCAGACACCUACUUUAUGUUUUCAUCAAUUCCCAGUGCUAGUAUUCUGCCCUGUGUUGGGGAAAGAGUCUUCAGAGAUCAGUUUCUUACAACUUACAUGCUGAUUGGCCUGUAUAAAGAGCUGAGAAUACAGUGAUAAUGAAAGUUUGUCCCCUUGAUGAGAGGACCUUAAACCAAAGCAGUUCCAAGAAUGAUGGCAAGGACUGUGAGUUGGUAGAGGAAUAGCAACAUGGAGAGUCUCAUGAAUGGAUAUAUGAAUAGUGACAUUUAAGUCCAAGGCAGGCAAUAUAUUAAUACAGUUACACACACUAGAGGUAAAGCUUUUCUUAUAGAUUUCAAUUGAUUUUUCUGGCAAUCUGAAAGACAAAGGCUGUGUACCUGUUCCCUCAAAUCUUUCAAUAUGACUUCAGUGGUGCCAGUUUGACUAUAAUCUAAGAAAACUUACACCUCUUCCUAGGGAUUUGGUUCUUGAAUCUGCUCUUCCUAUAUUUUUUUCACCAGAAAUAACUGCCCUACCUAGCACCUAACAUAUACUAUCCCUUUUUAUGUCCAUGAGUUAUCGGAAACAAAAAUGAUGAUGAGUAAUAUAUGCCACAUGGUUUUUCCUAACAUUAACAUUCUUUCACAACCUUCUAGCAUUGGUAUGUUACAUUAGGAUGCACUUUUUAAAAUAAGUCAUGUUUUAUUUUAUUCUUUGGGUUUUUAUUUAUUUUAUUUUUACACUCCAGAUUUUAUUCCUCUCUCCCAGUCCACCCUCCAACUGUUCCACAUCCCAUACCUCCUCCCUACCCCAUGUUUUCAUGAGGAUGUCCUUCCCCUCCACCCACUCCACCAGACCUCUAAACUUCCCGGAGCCUCCAAUCUCUUCAGGGUUAGGUGCAUCAUCUCUGGCUGAACCCAGACCCAGCAAUCCUCUUCUGUAUGUGUUGGGGGCCUCAUAUCAGCUGGGGUCUGGUGUCUGGUUGGUGGCCCAGUGUUUGAGAGAUCUCAGGGCUCCAGAUUAAUUGAUAGUGCUGGUCAUUCUACCAGGUUGCCCUCCUCCUCACUUCUUCCAGGCUUUCUCUAAUUCAACCAAAGGGGUCAGUUACUUCUAUCCAUCGGUUAGGUACAAAUAACUGCAUCUGACUCUUUCAGCUGCUUUUUGGGUCUUCCAGAGUGUGGUCAUGAUAGGUCCCUUUUUGUGAGUGUUCCAUAGCCUCAGUAAUAGUGUCAGGCCUUGGGACCUCCCCUUGAACUGAAUCCCACUUUGGGCCUGUCACUGGACCUUCUUUUCCUCAGGCUCCUCUCCAUUUCCAUCCCUGCAGUUUUUUCAGACAGGAAGAAAUAUGGGUCAGAAUUUUGGCUGUGGGAUAGCAACCCCUUCCUUCACUUGAUGCCCUGUCUUCCUGCUGGAGGUGAGCUAUGUAAGUUCCCUCUUCCCACUGUCUGGGCAUUUCAUGUAUGGCCCCCUCCUUACCUCCCCGGUCUCUGGUGCAUGUAUUUUCAGGAGUUCAAAUGGGGAUCUUGGCCAAGAAUUCUUUGAACUGGAAUUUGCAUUAUUUUCCAAACAAGAUCUAAGUUUAUAGUCUUGCUUCCCUGGUGAUUCAAAAUCAGAGUGGCAGGAAUUAGUUUUGUGUUGUUUGCCAAGCUGGUAUAUGUCUAGUCAGUUGUCUGUAUCAGCCAAAUGCAGGACGAAUACUAAGGGCCCUAAGAGCUGCUUGUUUGCAUCUAAGAAACAAACAGAAGAAAGAUAAGAUAAUCUGAAAUCCUUCUAUUGAACUAUCCUUUUUAAAAAAGAUGUCUAAACCAGCCAACCAAAUGUAUUCAACUGAACAUGUCAAUACAUUGCAUGGUCGUCAUGGCUGGUGUUCUGAUCCUCAGUUGAAAUGUCAAUGUGAGUUCUAUAACGAUCCUUUGUAACACAAAAGAAUCUCAGGACAGAAUAAUUCAAGAUAAUAUGUAUCGGAAAGCACAUCAGUAGCUCUGCAGCUUGCCUAGGAAGUCAUAACACUUUUAACAGAAACCCAGAAAGACUGAGAAAUUAAUUCCAUCACAAAAAACAGGAAUGGUUUUAUCAGGAUAAAGGAUCGUCUUAUAUGUAUUUGGCUGCCAUGUUUUAAAAUAUAUUUAAACUUUACAAUUUUUAAGAAAUGGGAAUGAAAGUAUAAUUCAGUGGUAGAGUACUUGUAUACCAUACAUUAAAUUCUGGCUUUGAUCCCUAGUAUUGCACGACACAUUGUGUGUGUGUACGCGCGCGCGCGCGCACACACACACACACACACACACACACACACACACACACACAUUAGUCGGACAUAUUUUAGCAAGAAAAAAUGAAAAGAAUGAAUUUUUAAAUGCUAAAUAAAGAUAAUUCUAUCAGGCUGAAGAAAAGUGAAAUUGUUACAUUUUAAGAGAUAUUUAAAUAUUUCCAUAUAAGCAGAUACUGAAAACUUAAGAAAAAGUGAAAUUGUAGAAAGAAGGGGGAAAAAAACCCACUGAAUUGAGAAAGUCCUUUUCAAUUACUGUCUGUUUUUAAAACUUAGAAUUCAGACUUACUAGAUAUGACACUAAUGUUCUAAAAUUUUAUUUUUAUGAAGAAAUAAUUAGAAAAUACCAAAGUGUAUAGGUAAAACCAAAUUAAUUAACCAACACUUAUGCAUCCUAUAUCUAUUCUGUACAAAGCCAUUUCUAAGCAUUGUAGCUCAAAAGUAAACACCCUUAGAAAUGAUAGCAUCACAGAAUCUACUCAGUUUGCCAAAAUUAUUCUCAUAAUUUCAUGCUACUCUGAGAGUGUAACAACGAAAUAUUCAUUUAGCAAGAUGUUCUAGAUAUCACUGAAUACCAAGAAUUAUGCAACAAACAUUCAAAGACCAGAAAGCUAGUCUCUGCUGUAAGAAAACUCAUGACCUCAGCUGUUGAUAUUUGUCUUAGACUCAUCAUACUUGAUUUCAUGGCUGUGGACAACUGUCUACCAAUAUGAAUAUUCCCCCACUGGGAACAUUGAAUGGGGAUUUUGCAUUUGAGUUCACCAUUCUGGACUCUGUAACAUCCAAUAAUUGAUGUAAGCACUUGGGCUCUGAAAACAGCUUUUUUCUCUAUAUCCUGUCAUGGUGGAGGGCAGACAAGUAGCCGUGGCAUCUGUUUCACCAUAUUGACCAAAAAUGGCCUAGCACAGGCCAUGGCACAACAUCUAUUUGAAAAAGAAGGAACUCAUUCUGCCCAUGGGAAGUUGAAGAUUGGAGUAUACGGAAGAAAGAGAAGAAAUGUUCUCAGAAGUCAACUAGACUUUUGACAAGGCUGCCAGAUCGACCCCAAUUCUCACUCCAUUGCUGCCUAGAAUAGAUACUCUUUGGUUCUCAUGAGCAUGCGCGCCCAAGAAAUCCAGGACCACAGAGGUGUUCUUGGUUUAAAUUUUGUAGUCAGUUGUCUUCAAAAGCAUGCUAUUUCCACCAUGUACUUUAACCUACAUUUGCUUUCUGUAUCAAAAAAUAUUCAAAAUGACAUACUGUUCUUACAUGCCUCAAAACUGAGCUAUCUUUACCCUAAACAGGGCAGCAGAAUAUAGUUUAGUGGUACCCAGCUAUAGAAAUAAAUCUUAGGGGUCAGAGUACCUAUGUAGCUUUCAGAGGUUUGGAAACCAUGGUGUGAAGCUAAUGUUGAACAAACAAAAAUGGGAUAGAGAUGACUUGUAUUAAAAAUUUGAGUCUUGGAACACUCAGAACUAUUUCAGUCUAUUUAAAAUUUCAAGUGAGACAAUCAACUAUGUAUAAAGUCCUUAGUGCAGUGACUGGUCCAUGCCAAAACUGUUAAUAAUUAUUUGUAUCUGUUUUUAUAGUAUGUAUAGACUCCAUUACAUCAGUUAGUGAUAUCACUUACAGACUCUAAGUUUACACCAGAAAAUAUUUUUUUAGGGAAAAAAAAAAAGCUGGUGGAGAUAUAAUUCAAAUUAUUGCAUGAUAAAACUAGGAUUUUUUUUAGUCGUUCUUUAACUAUGUACCUGUCUGCAACUGAACAUGAUUAUUUUUCCCAUCAAAAUGUGCAAGAUAAGGAAUACUGGAAGGAGCAUUAAGAAUGUGGUUCUCAGUUGCUAGCUGGUGAAAGUCCUAUUGGAGAAAAAGUGCCAGAUGUAGCAGUGUUCUCUAAAACAUGACUUAUAGGAGAUAUAGACAAAAAAAAAACCUAAUUAAAUAUGAACAGAAAGCCAACUGUGGCAUGAUGACUACCAGGGAGCACCCUUGCCAUGAAUAGGACCUCUUCAAGAAGAAGGUCAAAACUUGUUCAAAUUCUUCCUUGUAACUAUGGUCUCAGCCUUCAGCAGCCUCAAUGUCAGUAUCCUUCUAGAAUCAAUCAUAGCUCAACGGAAUUGAGGAGAUGUAAUUUUGCAUGUUCUAAAAUAUUCAGAGGAAGAAAAUGAUCACCCAUAUUUUUUAGGACAGGACACAGAUGCUCAGACAUCAGGGAUUCUGAGUCUCAUUGUGAGUAAAAUAAAGAUCCGGUAGCAGAGUGGUCCUAGGUCUCAGGUGCCCUGACUCCUGGUCCAGAUGUUAGAGAUGGGAGUAUUUCUGGUGACGCUGGAAGAUAAAUUGUCUGACUCCCUUGAGAAACAGCUGAACCAGAAAUGGUUUUUGAGACUUCACUCUAUCUCUAGACUAGGACUGAUUCUCCCAUGUCACAAAGAUGUCCCAUCUGAAUGUUUCAUCUUCAAAGGGCUCAGAGAAACCUCCUGCCAAUGAGCACACCUAGGGAGAUACUGAAGAACAACCUUUUAACCAUGUGUAUAACUUCUCUCCACCCUUCUGACUAUUACUGCUUUGUCUCUCAUAUGCUGCAAAGAUUGGACAGGUUUACCUGUUUGGUUCAUCCCCUGGACUCAUUAAGAGCCAUUCACAGAUCCUUGGGUUGCACCCUCAGAUACUGGCCCACUGCAUGAGACUUCUCUAUAGGUUUAAGGUUCUGAUUUCUUUGGGAAUCUGACUUGCCGCAAACUUCCAGUUCAACCAUAGGUGACUGUGUACUGGAAUAUCUGGGGUUUGUCUGAGUAUGUCUAGUUCCUCUCACUUGACCCUAGGGGAUCCUAAUCCUUGCCAUUUCAUAGAUAUUUCAAAGAGUACAUACUCUUUGCCAAAAGCUGCAUUGGAUCUGUCCUUCUUAAAACAUAUCACGUCUGUGUAAUUGUGGCAACACUUUAGGGAAAAAUUUGGUAUCUCAUGAUUCACAUGCAGAAAUCUAGAGUUUCCACUUGAGCUGUGCUUACAUUUGCCAGAAUUUAACAGUGCUCCCACAGAAAUCUGUAUUAAACCCAUUGGUAAGAUAGGAUGUCUUAGUGAUCCUGAUUGGGCUGUUCCAAAAACUUCUGAAAGAUUCAAAGAGAAAAGUGACACAUUAUGGUAUGGCUUUGGUUUACUGGAUUAUUUUAAAGACUGUCAUUCUGCCUGAAUCCCCCCUCCUCCCAAUGGCACUCCUUCAAGAUUGAAGUAAGUGUCAGGAAAGAAUAGUAAUCUUUUGACAUAUUAAAAAUUCAGAGAUCUGUGCAACCCGAUAAUGGCUUAAAAUUAACCAAGCCUAGCCUAGUACUUUGGAAUAUACCAAACUCCAAUUGGAAACUUAAGAUUUAUGAAAAAGAAGAGACAGUUUGAUUUCAGUGCUCCUUUCUUCAACUCUGCCUGCAAAACUGAGGUCUGGGAUAGGAGAAGAGCUCCCCCUGCGUUCUCCUUAAGUGUUGCAUGCAUGAGAGUGAUGCAGUUCUCUGAUGCCUGCAUGCUGCACCCUUAGUGUAAACCCACCCGAAGGCUGUCACUGGCUGCACAGACAUCAAAAGCUGAAAGAAAAAGAGCUGCCUAGAUGUCACAUAGUACGAGAGAAAGAACUGAGAUUUUACACUAAGCCAUGGAUCUCAAAAGUUUUUCCUAUCCCCUGGCACUACCCCCCCCCCCAAGUGUCACAUGGCAGUAGAAAUGCUCCCCAGUCAGGCCCUGUGGUCCCUAAGAAGACGAUUCCCUCCUCUGCAGUCAGCGUUCCAAUGAAAUGAUCACAGACCCACCCAUGCCCUGGAGAGUAGAAGAAAGACUGUCCGCGGCUCCUUUGACUAUUCAGCAAGUUCUUUGAAUGUUUUCACCAUCCAGCUGUCGGAGGCAGAAAGCGAUGCCGCAUAAAUUAUUCACACAGUUCACAUUGGAGUCCAUUAGCCCUUAGAGUUUGGUGGCCACAGAUAUUCCCACAAACACCCUUUGUUCUCGGUCCCCACAGAUCCUCUGUCACCAUAUUUACCUGAACAAGUUCAAAAGUAUCCCAGGCUCAGCUGACUCUCAUCUUCUUUCUCUAGACUGUAUCUUUAUUUCAGGGCUUUGAAAUUUUGCAGACACAAACAGGCCUUUAAAAAAAAAAAGUUCUCUGAGAGGCCAAAAGUGCAGAUCAAUUAUUACUCCAUCUUUCAAUAUUAAGAGAACAAGAAUCUGCACGGACACCAAAUGGAUCUCCUAACUGGGCCAUGCUUUACCCUUCUGAAUCCAUUUCCAGGGAACGAGAGAUCAGGUCCACCCUCCAACCCUCCCUGAGGGCUAAAUGGAGGAUUUGGAUAGCCCUUCAGUCAAAUUGCAGACCCAAGCUGUUAGAGAGAGAACCUGUGCCCAAUUCUGAAAAGCUAACCUAGGAUGGAUGCACAUUAUCAGUUCUGCCAGUCCUUCCCAUUUAAAAAAAAAAAAAAAAAAGAAUCUCUCCAUCUCUCCCUCUUGCCUAAGAUGGGCUGUGACUACCCCCCUCUCCCUGGUCCUGAUAUAGUACUGAUGGAAGACACCGACUGUGGAAGAACAAGUUGAGGUUUGCAAUGACAUGAGUCACUGUAUUUGAUUUUAGGUUGAUUUUAUUUCACCCCUUUUUACGGCAUAGAAUUCUGGUGCCUUGCUCCCUGGAUUUGUCUCCGUGCUCUGAGUAGGCUCUCCACAUUCUGGCUUACACGGGAACACAACUAUUCCACAAGUGCCCUUUAGUGCUCUUUAUAAUAUGGUUUCCUGUAAUUUUUAAACUGUAUGUGUAAUUUAUAUUCUGGCUCUGUCCGAUAUUUGACAACUUUAAUAGGUUGAUUUCCAUAUAUAUAUUAUGCAAACAAUUCUUACCUGAUUUUUUUAUGUUCUAUCUCAAAAUCAAUAAAGAUUGCACCACUUAUUAAUAAAUGGAUGAUUCAAUGAUUCUGUGAAAAAA